CGGUACGGUGUUCGUCCUCACUUUCAUUCUAAUCAAACAGCAAGGUCGACACACCCAAACUUGUUCCUUUCAAUUAGAAUUCAAAUACGAAUACUCCCGCGAAAGGUGUCGAGAAAGAGCCUCAGAUCUAAUAACAUCAUGAGGCUAAAGAAACUAACCAGCUGGUCUGGAACCAGAGGGUCGAAAGUGAGACGACAGGUUGAAAAAGAGAAAAGCUCCAAGGGAAGCAGACCUAGCAGUCCAAACAGUCCGAACAGUCCAAACAACAACCUCGGUCUUGACAGUAGCCCGAUUCGAUCUCUUAAACAUUCACCAGGCUUUGGAACAUCGCCAAACAAAGGGGAAGGGGAAAAGCCAGCGACAUCAGAGACGGACCGUGGGGUACUAAGGAAACAUGAAGAUGAUCGCCCGUGCUUGUUGUUCGAAGAUGUCGAAGACGAAGACGACGAAGACAUGGGGUAUGCAAAAAACAUUGUCGCUAAAGAGAUUGAAGCCAACAAUUCCGCAGUGAAAGAUAAAAAAUUGAAUUCCACAGAAAACAUCCCCACGAAGAAGAUAUCGAAUACAAAUCCAAAUCAGAAAUCUCUAUCACUUUGUACUCCGAAAAAAACGUCCCUUCCACCCCAAGAGAUUAUGAUUGACCACCUCGCAGUGCCCCCGAGCCCAAUGAGGGAGCCGAACGUAGACAUAAUGGCGAGUCCCAGCAUGAACAAGCGGCUAUUGGACGAUCAAGGACUGUAUCUGAAUUUCAACGAUUCAUCCCCGCGAACCCCUUGUCUUGGAGACCCUGUCGGAGAUAUUGCAAUGCAUCGACAACUAAAGGAUGCCGAGCGCCUGGUUCGGAUCGUUCUAGGAAGACCCUCGAAAGGAGAUCAGAAUUUUUUGGAACCAAAUACAAUCUUACAGGCCAUUCGGUCCUAUGCCCUGAUGAAAGCAGAACUCAUCGAGCUUAGAGCAAAGCAAGAGACUGAAGAUGGGGAUCCACCCGCAAUACUACAAGCUCUUGGAUCUCCCACCGCAACAACCCCUAGCAAAUCAAUUCCUAGUUUAUACUCUCCUCGAAGAUCAGUUCAAAACUCGCAUUUUUUCAGUGACGAUGUGAAUGGUGGUAGAUCAAGAAAACAUGGGAUUAAAAGUUCAGUUGUCGAUGCCAAGGCCAGUCCCGCUGCCAGCCAUGAAGCCUCAAUUCCUUCUAGUUCCUGUGCAGAGCUGACACACGCUAAAGAAAUGAUUGAACGCUUACAAAAAGAACUCAAAAAGGCAAACGAAACUAUUCUCGAACUAAAGAAGAAGAUAAACACAGAGGAGAAUGAAGAAAAUCAGUAUCCUAUAAAAUCACCCAAUACUAUUGAAAUUCAGAAUGAAAAUGCAGAUGAGAAGCAGCUCAUGAAAAAACAAAAUCACGAUUUCCKAGAGGAACCAAAGAAAACGACAAACAAAGUGGAGAAUGAAGAAAAUCAGUGUCCUAUAACAUCACCCGAUACGAUUGAAAGUCAGAAUGAAAAUGCAGAUGAGAAACAAUCGAUGAAAAAACAACAGGGCGAUAUACACGAGGAACCAAAACAACCUGAAAAUAUAAAUUUGCUACUGAAUGAUACUAUCCAUUGUCCAGAAUUCGUUCCCGCGGAGAACAUGGUAGCUAUAUCAGGCGAAAAACAACAGGAAAUGGAGCAGACAAAUACAACCGACGAGGAAAUCACCUCAAGUACGACAACAGUCGAAGGAGAAAACCGAAGAGAAGCGAAGCAAUCAGUUAUGAUCGAAAAGGAAAUCAUCUCUACUACAACACCAGCGAAAGGCGAGGAGGAAAUGCAGAUAUCGCAAGAGGAAUUGAACCUGCAACUUGAAACAAAUCAAAAGAAACAAAUUCAAACACCAAUACUCGACGAGGAAAACCUGUUGGGUACAACCAUGGCGCAAGCUGGGGAAGAAACACAAACAUCGAGAGGGGAAUCGGACCAGAAAGUUCGAAAGGUCGAAAAUGGAUUAAAUCGUUACGACGAAAAUGACAAGAAAAAGAGUCAAGCAGCGACAAUAGACAAGGAGCAUAUACUAGAGUCAACAACAACAAGCAAUAAAAACAACACAUCAAUAUUGAUGGAAGUAUCGCACAACACAGCCAACAGCAAAAGCAACAGUAAUUUGGCAUCAUCCUCGUCAUUAUCAAACACGCCUCAAAGUUGAUAAAAUCAUCAUUUACGUAUGCUCUUUAGUGUCGUAUAAUCAAGUCUUUCCAAAUUAAAGAGUGAGUGUACUGAUCGAGUUAUAUGUCACAAUGACAAAUACUGUAGAAAUUAAAACUUUCCAAUAUAUUGACUAAGUAACA